GGCUUAUGUUAGACGUGGUUUCGUGGUUUAGUGCGAGCCAAUGCGGUUGGGAGGGCGGUAGCUAUGUUUGGCUUACGUUAGCUAGCGGCAGCCAUCUUACGCGAGCAUUGUAGCCCUGGGCUAGCUUGAGUGUUGGUGUAGCACAACAAAAUGGCCUGUUAAUACGCGCACAAGGAGAAAUGUCCGUGUCGACGCACUGCAUCUCGAUAAUCACCGAAAUACACAAUAAAGGGUCGUUUUCGUAGUAUUUCUGGCAUUCUUCUGGGUGUCACAGCCGCAGAUCUGCCACCGCUCUUCUUUUACAAGCAAGCCAUCAAUUGAAGAAAUUUCCAGGUCUGCUGACUGACAAAAGCACCAGCGCUGCGCCCACCCAAAGCGACACCUAUACCCCGUUUCUUAGUUGAGUAAUACAUACCGGCAGGAAAACGGAGGUCGUGGGGCUGGAGUGUGUUCUUAUGGCGGAGUCAGAGACUGAAUGUGACACACCCGGCCUUGACACGCUGGGGUCGGAGUGUGUCAUAGCCCACAACCACGUCGACCUUUACUACGGAGCCGAGACGGAAAUCAUGACAGACGAAAAGCGCGGCCUGGAGUUGGAGAUUCACGUCGACGGCAUCGUAGAGACGGACCAUGAUUACAUCAAGGUGGAACACGACGAGAUCCACUGUUUUGCAAGAGCCGAGCUCAAGACGAGCGGCGAGCCGCUACUGGGAGAAGUGCUUCUCAAGACGGAAAACGAGCAUGUGGUGAAAAUGGAGUCUGAUCACGGGGGGGAGUUGACGGUGGAGUCUGAGAACGGCGUCAUCAUUCACGAGGCCCACGGCCUGCAGUGCAACGAGUGCGGGGAAAUCUUUGGCAGCAUAGCUGACCUCCACCAACACUUUGAGAUCCACAAGGACCUCAACCCGUACAUCUGCGUCCACUGUGGCGAGAGCUUUGCGGUGGAGGCCAGUCUCAAGCAGCACAUGAAGAUCCACAUGAAAGAAAAGCCCUACGUCCCGCCAGGCGUGGAGAUGAUGAGCAAAGACGUCAUUGACGCCUUCAGCCUCAAGUCCCAUCAGAUGAUCCACCUGCCGGACAAGCCUCACAGGUGCUCGGAGUGCGGCAAGAGUUUUGCAGCUGCAAUCACCCUAAGAGAACACAUGAAGAUGCAUUCAGAGGACAAGCCCUACAAGUGCACCCAGUGUAGGAAGAGCUUUGUCCGCAGAAGGCACCUGAAGAAGCACCAAGAGGUCCACGCCCGUGAGAAGCCAUACACCUGCGGCCAGUGCGGCAAGGGCUUUGCCACCACUUCCAACCUGAAGCAGCACCAGAAGACCCACGCCGUCGUCGUGCUCGCCGACAAGCCCCACCGCUGCACGCAGUGCGGGAAGUGUUUUGCGGCCGCCGCCACCUUGCGGGAGCACCAGAAGAUGCACAUGGGCGAGAAGCCGUACAAGUGCAACAUGUGCAGGAAGAGCUUUGCCCGCAAGCGCCACCUGAAGAAGCACCAACAGGUCCACGCCGGAGGGAAGCCCUACACGUGCAGACAUUGCAACAAGGGCUUCAACCACUCCUCAUCCCUCUCACGCCAUCACAAGACACACAAGCAGGGUGCCGUCUUCUCCCCCCCGCAGCCCGGGAAGCCCAUGACAUUCGCCUCGCCACCAAAGCAGAGGGUGCAUCUGCAGGGAGAAAAGCCCUACAUGUGCCAUCACUGUGACAAGGGCUUCAAUCAUUCCUCCUCCCUGUCCCGCCACCAAAGAGUCCACUCCCAAGGAAAGGGUUACACCUGCGGCCAUUGCGGUAAAACCUUUAAUCGUUCGUCGUCCCUCGCCCGGCACCAGAGACUCCACUUGGAGAACCAGCAACUGCAGCAGCCGCAGAUGCCACCCACUCAAGUGGAGCAGUAUAGCGCUAUCCCCACACCCAAGGGAUUUGUGCAAGCUGUUGUAUCUGUGUAAAUGCCGGCAUGGGACAUUUUUGCUUUGGAAUUUGUGGAGACGGCCUGUCAAAGUGGAAAAAUAAACAUUGUUGAAGUACACACCCAAACACUCAGGAACUGGAACUGGAACUGAUGCCGUAUGUGACAGACUGUUAGCUAUGUCCGUUGACACAGUAAAUCCAGCAUUCCCAGUCGGGACACCAUUAUCACCCUUAUCGAUCUGUCACUUGGGAGAAAAACAUUUUCUGAAGUCUGAUAUAUUUAGAGGCAGCCUUGGCUGGACCUUGAAGAAUUGGAAAUAUUGGAGGCUUUAAGUGUCUUUAUCCAUCCAUUCAGACUAUUGCUUAUCAUAAUAAAAUGAUUGGAGAGAAAUAUGAAAUUAGAGUACAUGUGAUUUUUUUUUUUUUCUGUGGAGGGGCGGUGUCAGUAUUCCAAUAAAAUGAGUUGAGCGAG